CGUGGUUACAGGUGCUGCUUGGUAACUGGGGACGGUUCCGGAGCGAAACACUAACACUCAGCAGUUGCUGCUCUGAUUGUGGGGUACGGCCUCGGGAAGUGCGUUGAAUCAAAUUCACAUUUGAACAGAAUGGCAAAGAUAGAAUUUUUAAGUCAAUCUGACAGUGGACUACGUGCUCAACAAAAAGCUUCUUGAAAUCUGCUUCAAGGACAUUAUCCCUCUUCCCACCUGUGAAGUACAAUGUUGGCCACAUCUGGUUCUUCACCCUCUCUCUUCAGGACAAAGAAUGAUGAAGAUCCAUGGCAACUCCGGUCCUUUAAACGUCAUAACUCUGACUGGCUCAAAACUUCAUUACCAUUUGUUUGUAAAGUGAUUCGCCAUAUCCACGAUUUGGAAGAAAAGACUGAAGUUUGGUUCAGACAGUUUACAGAAUCUCUACAGUCAGAAUCCCAAGGAAAAAGUCAAUCUUCUGAAAAGUUGAGUGGGAUUUCACAAAGAAAGGAAUUCAAUCAAACAAAUUUUUCCAGUGAUUUGACAUCAUCUAAUCUGUGUAUUAGCAGUAUUGGAUUUAAUGAAACAGAACCUAAUCAAACCACGGCUUUAUAUGAAGAGACAAGAGAGGUCCUAUCAGAGAUCAUUGGCUUGAUGGAGCAACUGGAAGCAGAAUGCAAAAAGACAAAUGAGGCUCUGCAAACAGAAAGAGAGCGGGUGACGACCCUUGGAAACAGAAUUGAUCAGCUAUCUCUUUGGUGGAUGCGAGAGCUUCCUGAAGCUGUACAAAAAGAAUAUGCAGUGCAUUCAGAAGAGAUUUAUGAAUUAGAGUUACAUGCUAAGUGUAAGGCAUCUCAUUUACAAAAAGUACAAAUUCAAGUUAAUGAUGCAAGAAUACUGAAUCAGAAACUACGUGAAGAAAUUAAUUCAGUAAAAAAACUUGAAGAUCACCUGAAGGAAAUGCUGGAUUUGGAAAAGAAGACCAUUGAUGAUAUCGUACCAAAUCAAAAAGAGUUGACAGAUGUCUUCAGUGAAGUUAUUUCGGACCUUAAUAAAGUGCAACAGGAAUUUGAUGAUGCUACUGCUGAAGCACAGCUUGAACAAAAUGAGAUGUAUACAGAAAUUCUCUCAAUAGAGGACAAAACUUCACAGCUCAACAAGGACAUAAUCACAGCCAAAACUGUAUUUGAAAUAUAUACUACUCAAGAACAAAAAAUUCAGGAUCAGAUUGUAGAAGCAGAAAAGUCACAGAAAAGACUUACCGAUGAAUUGGUUGAUUUGGAAUUUCAGAAGAAUAUAGAGAAAGACAAUAUACAACAAUUGAAAGCUAAAGUUGCAGAUAAAUAUGUUGAGAUCAAAAUGCUAACAGCGGCUUGCACUGAAAUUGAACACACUAUUAGAGAUAAAAUGCAAAAUGGUAAUGCUGAUUUAUCAAAUCAGCAAAAAGAAUAUGACAAAAAACUGGAUGAGCUUAAGAAUUUGGAGACUAAAAAUGAAGAACUUGAGUUGGAUAUUGAAACAUUUAACAACAACAUUAAAGAUAGUCGCCAGGAAAGAAAUAAAAUGAAAAGAGAAUUGCAGCAAAUACAAGAAGCUCUAAAAAUUAAUAAUGACAAACUAGCCAGCAUGAAGAAACAGCUCUCCCAAGUGGAGAAAGUGCUAAAUGCACUGAGGACCAAGCUAGCAACAUUGAGAAAAACGAUAUCUGAUGAGGAAGGAAAACUAAAGAAUCAGAUAGGAAAGGUGAAGAGAAAGAUCAGAGAUGAAAUGACGCAGCGAAAUAAACUUCAGGCCAAAGUUAAACUGGAUGCUGCAGCACUAACUGAGCUUAAGGAAAACACUAAUAAUAAGAAGAGAAGAGCUUUAAAUAAGGUUUCACAAGUUGAGAAGACUGUUGAAAAAAUUGAAAGAGAAUUUAAGGAACUGGAAGCUAUAUACAAGAAUCACUAUGAAAUAUUUUUAAUGUUAAACAAGAAGCUAAAUGAACUGAAAGAAAGCCAACAAUCAAUGUCUGAAGAUCUGGAGAAUGAAAAAAAAGAUUUGCAAAAUAAGUUGAUUAAUGAUCAGAAAGAGUUUCUAGACAGCUUUAAUCUGCUUAACUCCAGCCUCGAGCAAAUUGAGACACUACAGAAAAAUAUUCCUCUGAAACAAACCUUAAGAUCUACAUUAUUAAAAGAUAUUGAAAAAUACAAAAAAAGCAUUGAAGAUAUGAAACCAACUCUAGAUCUGACAGAGUUCAAGCACAACAGUGCUACAAACCUCACCACCAGUCUUAAGUCUGAGCUUGCAAUAGCUAAAAGAAGGUGGGCACUUAUGGAGGAAGAGUAUCAGAAGUUGCUUCAGGAAAAAAGAGAGGAACAGAAAAAAGUAACAGAUGUAACUGAUGACAUUUUUCUUCUCAUCUUACUUGGGUUAUUGUAUUGGAGAACAUGAAAUUUGUAAUGUUGGGCAUCUAUUGUACAUCCAGUGGAAGUAUGAGGAUUAGGCACAUUAUAAUGAAUGAUUUUGAAAGUUAAUGCUCUUGUGCUUGAUGCUAUAUGUUUGAACAAUGUGUAACCAUCAAGAAAAGUCUUUUACUAUCAUUAUCAGAAAGGCUAACCUAUUUUGAACUUGCCAUAACUGCUUGGUGCUUUCUGCUAUAGCAAUUAGCAGAUUGCUGUUUUAGGUCGAGUGGCAGGUACAAAAAGCCUUUUUUUUGAAACAUGAAGUUUCUGCCAAAAAGUUGCUGGCAGUCAUUAGUGCAUUAGCAGGAAUUCUUGAAAUUAAGAAUGUUGGAGAUCAGACAACAUGCAAAACAGGACAAGAUGCUAGAAGAUGGAGAAUGUAAACUGGCAAAAAUCUCUCAGCAUAUUUGCCCAUGGUGUUCUGCUUAAACCUCAGUGAGGAAUGAUCUGUGAGAUGCCUGGGCUUCCAUAAUGACAACUGUACUGUAAUAUACCACGUGCUACAGCUGCAACUGUAACUUUUGAGUAAGGCAAGGACCAGUUUGCCAUUUGUCAACAUGGUUAAGAAAACCAACAUGGUCUGACUCAGACCAGACUGCAAAGAAAAAUGUUUGGAAUUCACAACUGGGUAGCUGAGGUUAGUUUUUUUUCCAUUAAAGAAAGCUAUCUGUAUCAACAUUUUAUCCUCCAUUAGCAGAAAUCAGCACACGGAUUGUAUAUUUCCCCUGGUGUAGUGUGCCAUUUGCAACUUCAAGGAAAGAGCAUUAGGUUCAUAUUUCAGGAAGCCACAAUCAUUCCCUUUGGGCUAAUUUACUGAGGGUUAUAUCAUCUUGCCUCUGUAAUCAUAAAUCAUUAUAGAAACAGUCUAAGCUUGCAAGCUUUUGCAGCUGCAUUUGACCUGUGCUGCAACAUCAGGCAUCAUAUGCUAUAUUGUGAUUGGGGGUCUAACUGUAUGUAAAUGAAAUACUCAAACAGGCUUUCCAGCAGGAUCCCCACUACUCCAAGAAUCUAAUUGUGUAUGCCGUCAACCUACUCCUGUGGCUUGCUCAAUUGAAAUAAAAAUAUGAGGAACCUGUACCAACAUGUAAGUGUAACCUUCCCCUCCAGAAACUGGCACCUAUGUUUAUCUUGCUAAUCAUGUAUAAUCCUGACUCUCAUUUCCACAAGAUUAUACACUGUGCUAGAAUCUAAGAUGAUGGAAGUGUGAAACUGAAUGAUAGCUGCCGUCAACACUGUUGAUUUAGUGCUUGGAUUGUACUCUUGGAUAUGUUGGAUAAAGUUGUGUUUUGGGAAGUGGUUUAUAGAAAUAAAUUUUACAAGCUUAUGCAUUCAGUAACUGGCAAAUCUGCAGGGAAACAUGCAAUUGAGGAAGAGGUAGUUGUCAGUAGCUGAUUAACUACUGAUACACAGUGUGUAUAUUGUAUGGAGAGGAUGUUUCCUAUGGUAAAAGAGCCUUGGAUCAGAGGAAACAGCCUCAGAAUAGAAGGAUGUCCCUUUAGAACAGAGAUGAGGAGGGAUUUCUUUAACCACAGAGUGGUGAAUCUGUGGACUCAUUGCUACAGAUGCCCGUGGAGGCCAAGUCAUUUUGAGCAGAGGUUGAUAGGUUCUUGAUUAAUUAAGGCAUCGAAGGUUAGGGAGAGGACUGUAAAGUGGGGUUGAGAGGGAUGGUAAGUCAGCCAUGGUGCAAUGGCGGCACAGGCUCAUUUGUGCAUUGUUCUGCUCCUAUAUCUUGUUAUGUUUAAGGACACAUUUCCAGUCGUUCUAGCCCACAGCCCUGAAUGCGGCUUCAGAAAAGGAUUUUUAAUGACGACCAGAGUUGCAACCUCUAGAGGAGUUAGAACUAACCUCUCCAGUUCGUUGCUGUGUUUCAGGUAAUACAUCACCUCAUCUAGUGGAAAUGAAGAUUGUCAGCUGAAAGUCAUACAAUGUGCUUUGAUGAAAUUGCAAUUAUGGUUGAAUAACUGACAGAGUAUGCAGUCUUUGAGAUAAGGGUGCAAGAUGUCCAUCAGUGAUGUGUGAGAUGGUGUGCUAGAGGAUAUGAAUGAUAAGAAUGAGUUCUGGUUGAUAGGUAUUGAUGGUCAGAAAUACAUCCAAUCCUUGGGGGCUGCAGUGCUGGUGUAUAACUCCAGGGCUAUUGCUUUGAAAGCCUCUAGGUAUCCUGAUAUCCGGUGGAUAGAGGGUAUCCUCUUUGUCUUCUCAAGUCCCACAGUAUUAUGUCCAAAGUAUUGAAUAAAUAACAGAUUAAUUCCCCAGAAAUGGAAUUAAUUAAUUAAUUUUCCCUUAAAACCUGAGUUAUUUAACUAUCAUCAGAAUUUAGACAUUAUCCACAAGUACAUCUCUGUUUUAUGCAGAUUCAUAGUAAGGUGUGGACAGCUGUCACUUAUUUUGGUAUGUAUCUUUUAUUCACUCUGACACUUGAAUCGAUUCCAUUUCACAUGAAGUUGAUCCUACAGCACAGUCCAAUCUUCUGGGAUUCCACACAUUGUAAUGGACUUGAUGAAGGAUUAGAAAGCUCCAUGGAGUCACACCAUGGAGAAUAAUGAAAUAAUUAAAAAUACUUAAAAACUUUUCACAAGUAUUGAUAACUUUGACACAUAGCAAAGUUAGGCUCUUGUCAGUUGUCAAAAUAUUCCCAUGGAUGGGUUUCUUCUGGCUCACUAACAUUGAUUUCAUUAUUCAAUAUCUUGCUUCAUCAUUCAUCACCUCAACCAUCUGAGUUAUUAAGGCUAGUCUUCCUGAUUUGGUUAAGAUAAUUUUGGAGGAGUGGAGUGAGUAUGAGUGGCUGAUAAUGUGAGCUUGAAAUAUAGUUAGAAGAAGCUCAAAUAGAGUAUAAGUGAUUAGAUGGACCAGUGUGGCCAAGUUAUUUGUUUCUGUGCUGUAAAUUAUGUAUAAAUCCUUGUUAUUUCAAGCCUCCAAGGUACUUUUCUCCCUAUACAUUAAUAAACCUGAAGAAAAAUUUUGGAGGGAAAUUUUGUACCCUGUCUAUAAAGCAGUGGCCUUUUUUAUUCCAUUUCCUGCACCACUGCUCUCCUGAAGAAUUAUGCCAUACCAAAAGCAUUUCCUACUUGGCUUCAUAGAGAUGAGAGACUAUGGGGAGGCUAUUCACUGAAUAUCAGAGUUGAGCAAAUGUUGCUUAUACUCAAGUAUCUUCUUCACUAUAGAUUGCAGAUCAGUGAUCAAGAACAGAUGACUGUUUUAGUUUUCUCUUUGUUAAUCCAGUAACACUGAGGAUAGUGGCAGAAACAGCACCUGCUGCCCAAUAGAAUUAGUUCAUACCCAAUCUAGGAAUUGAACUUGGACUUCAAAUGGUCUAUGUUGAGGUGAAUAAUGGAUUUACCCACUAAAUCUUCAGAACUACUGUUAAUCAUCAUCAGUGUGUUUUGAUAAUUUACCCACAGCAAUUAGUUGUAAAAUGUAAGAACAGAAUUAUCUAGUUAGAGUUUUGAGAUAAUCAAUAGCCACAGUCUCUCCCAUGUUCAUUUUUCAUAAAUGGUAAACAUAAGGUGAUUGAUUAUAUAAACUUGUAUUCUUGUGUAGAUGCAGAAUGAAAGAAUAGAUCUCGGCACUCGAUCUCGGCUAGAUCUCGGCUUUAUGAUUUGCAAAAAUGCACUCACUGACAUUUGUGGAACAUGAUAUCUUUGCUGCACCAUUAUGUGUGUAGCUAUAAGAUUUACACUACAAUGGGUGUAAAGAAAUACAGUGUUUCAUUGGCCAUCUAAUAUAGAAAUACGGUAGGUUUUAGAGAAGAAUGUUCAGAAACCUGUAGAAAGUAUUUAACUAUUUAUCUAAUUUUAUUUCUUUUUUCAUUCUCUUUUUCUAACAUUCCAGUAUUUUUUCCACAAAUUAUCUUCCCAGACAAAGCAGAUGGUUGACCUCAUGUAACACAUAAAAUUAAUUUAUAAAGAGACAUGUUUGAACAGUGGAUGAAGUGCAUGGCAGUCCUUUUCCCAUCUUCCUCAAAAGAACCUGACUAAACUAGUGAAGCGCACUAUUCAAAGAAAGCUGGAGUGUGACUUUCAAUCACUGUUGAGGUUUGAGGGCUCCCAGUCAAAUUCAAUUUUCUAAUGCAGUAGCAGUCAUUACUUUUUCUAUAGGAGUGGAACUGAGUUAAUUCAUAACAUUGUACUGAUAUCAUAGCAUUUGUUGAAUUAAUAAAACUGAUAGUUUGUUUAAAUUUCUGUGUGUGUAUAAUAGUGCCUUCGUCUGUUAAGAUUAGUAAUGGCUUUCUUUUGUGAAGUGAGACGUGUGUUUCUCUGUUUCUGAGCAUGGACUGUGUCCAUCGAUACAUAUAAGCUGUAAACAGGGACAGUAUUAAACUGUGGUUGAGGAAUAAAUAUCUUUAUUUGCAUCAGUAGAAAAUCUCUGUUGCCUUAUGGCAUUUAGCUGUGGUGAGUGCCCUCCACAAACCUGAUAAUGCCAGUGUCAGUGAGCCAUGUGAGUUGUCUCCACAGGCUGUAAAUUGGAUCCCCUCAGUGACCAGUUAAUGUUUUAUAUUUUCGAAGCAUGUUUUACUUUAUCACAGCAGCUAGAAUAUUUAGCAAAAUAAAAAUUUAAAAUGAUUUUUGGUAAUACUGUCAUGUUAAUUUUUUAUAGUUAAAAGGGUUUAUUUAAAUCAAGAAGACUGCUAGUCUCAAACUCUGAAUCUGAAAGAUUACUAACAGCCACAGCUACUUGCUUGAUGAGAGAGUCACAUUGCUUAUCUAAUGUGGAAACUCCAUGUGGUAUAUAGUUUCAUUAAACGGUGAUCAAGAAUACAUUAGUUCAAAAGAUGAAGAGGCAGUGAAGCUCAAUCCACCACAUAUCUCUGUGCAACAACUUUAAAUGGGUUAUUGAGGUGCAAAAGAUUUGAGAGUGAACAAUUCUACAGUUCGAGGAUGCUAAUGCCUGAACCCUAUACUUGUGAAGAAUUUUACUCACUUUUUAUGCGGAUGGUUAUAUAAGGACUUAUAGUAUUGUGGAAAUCUAGGGACAGCAUAAUGUGAAUGCUGAAUAAUGUAAUGUAACACUAAAGAAAUCUGUGAAAUAUGGAAAACAUUUUUAUUAGCAGUAACUGUUCUUUUUAUUGUUGGUGUACAAUGUCAAGAGCAUAUGACUUUUCUAAUUAUAGAACUAAAAGUUAAUUGAGAUUAUCAUUGCCAUGCUGUUGGAUGUUCACUUUAGAAAAGUCUAAUUUACUUUCAAUCUUUUGUUAUUAAUCAAUUUGCUUAAAAUAUUAAAGAUACAGAUGCUUGUAGAUUGUUUGAUCAUAAAUACAUUUUUGGUUACUAUUCAUGAUGAAGAAUUUCUGGCAAUGGAUAAUAGAAUAUGGUUCAUAAUAUUGAAUGUCAAAAUUCUUAUGUAUUAAUUUUAGUAAGUGCGGCAUAUAGUUCUUUGAAGCAAUUACCAGAAAUUUAAUGAGAUUCUUUCACUUAUGAAAGUAUGAAAUUCCCUUUGUGUUAUCAACCUGGAAGUAAUGGCAUGCCACAAGUUUGCAAUGUUAUAGGUAUUUUACAUGGUAUUUUGAAUGAUAUUUUCACCACAUGGU